AUGAAGAGUUCAGUGUUCACCUGCUGGCUCCUCUUUCUGCUGUUCAGCCCAGCUGUGCCCAUGUGUCUCCCCACUGAGUUCACCCUGCAUGUGGAGAGACCGGAGUGUGACUUCUGUGUGGCCAUCAACACCAGCAUCUGUAUGGGAUUUUGCCACUCGAAGGUUAGUCUAUUCUUUACGGUGAAAUAAUGCAGUAAAAAAUGACAGUGGAUGUUGAGAGGAUGAAUGAUUAAACUGUAUUUUUAUUUCUUUAUUUCACAACAUGAUACAGAGAAGUGUGUCUGACUUUUUGGGUUUUGUUCGCUCACAGGACAGCAUCGUCAGGGACAAAUACGGCCCUCCCUUCCUUCAGCAGAGCGGAUGCACAUAUGACAAAGUUGAAUACCGUACAGCAGUCCUGCCCGGCUGCCCCAUCGAGGCCAACCCUGUCUUCACCUACCCUGUGGCUCUCAGCUGUAAGUGUGACUCCUGCAGGACUGACACCGAUGAAUGUGCACACAGAGCCAGCGGGGUGGGAGCGAGGUGCACCAAACCGGUCCGACGUCUGUACCCAUACCCUGCACAGAGUAACUACAUGACCCCUUUCUGA